UUUGGUUCCGACCAUGAGCAAAACCAUGAUGACGGAAGCAACGAACUGACGUCUUAGGCCCUGAUCGAAUCUGAUGUCCCCUCGUGCUCCAUGGGAAACAUCCAGGUGUAUAAAACGGGAGCAGAGCUGAAGGCGAACAGAAAGAGAGUCAAGAAACAUCGGGUCAACAGAUUGGAGAUACAACAACGGCUCGAGAUCAGGACUUUGGACAGCGCAGCGGACAGAACAAAAAGCAGGCAACUUUCUCUAGACCACAUGUGUAAAGCGAUGUUACAACGGACCGGCCCCCAGCUGCUGUUCCUAAUAGCCCUGUGCAGUGUGCUGUACUCCCGGACUCUGAGUCUGCCAUACACAUCCAUGAGACCGACGAGACACGCAGACGGUCUGUUCACCAGCGGAUACAGCAAACUGCUCGGACAGCUUUCAGCGCGGAGGUACCUGGAGUCACUGAUCGGAAAACGGGUCAGUGACGAGCUGAUGGAGGAGCCAGUCAAGCGCCACUCAGAUGCCAUUUUUACAGACAACUACAGCCGCUUCCGCAAACAGAUGGCCGUCAAGAAGUACCUGAAUUCAGUCUUAACAGGAAAGAGAAGCCUAGAAGAUCCUGGAAACAGCGACCUGGAGGAGUCCAGGGACGAACCCAACCACUUCCAGGAGAGCUACGAUGACAUCAACGUAGAUCACCUCCUAAACAACUUUAAUCUGCCACUUUGAGGAGGGCCCUGUGCUCGAGUGAAAACCUCAAGUCAUCCUCAUGUAACGGCUCAUUCCGAAACCAACACCGUAUUAACUCGAAAGUCAAAUCAGCCAAUGAUGAUGUGUUCUCCAAUGUGGUUAUCUAUCUAUUUAUCCACACACUUAAUGUUUACACUGUAUAUAUACAAUAUAUAUACUAAACUAUAUAGACUCUUUAGGCAGCACUGGGCAACAUGCAUGUCCAUGUGCAGUUUGAUCAAUCAGCAUUUGAAAACAGCAACUGGCAACAGUAAAACAGAAGUACCAUAUUUACUUUCUUUGUAAGACCACUGUUGUUCCAUUAACCUUCAAUGGAACAAUUUUUGUCCUAACAACCUUUAAAAGAAACUACUGUCCUAUUCAAGUUGAGUGAAAUUUGUCCCAUCAACUUUCAAUUAAACAUUUGACCCAUUGAAUGUCAAUAGAACAUCAUUUACUUUCAGUAGUGUACCUUUUCCAUUGGUUUUCAGUGGAUCUACUGUAACUUUAGCUUUAAGUGGACAAUGUUUGUUCAGAUAACUUUGAAUGGAAAAUACGUCUGUUUGAAUCCUCAUGAAUUUUCACUCACAAAAGUGUUCCAUUAACUUUCAAUGGAUAACGUUUCCAACUUAUCUUCAGUGGAACGCUAGAACAUUCGACUUUGAGUAUCACUGCUUAAAUUCAAGUGGGACAAACUGUAACUUCAACUGAAUCCUUGCUCUAUUUACAUUCAGCAAGAACACUAUGACAUAGAAUUCAAUGGAACAUUUGUCACAUUUGUUUCAAGAUUAAACUUUUAAUGGAACCAUUUUACUGAGUAACUGUUUAAUGGGACUCCUGCCCUUUUACAUUUGAGUGACCUUCAAUAGAAAAACAUCCCUCAUUGAAAUUCAGUGGAUCUUUAGCUUUAAGUGACCACCGCUUGUGGAAAAUCUGUGUGACUGACUUCUGACUCACUUUUACUAACCAGUAUUUCCAUUAACUUUCAAUGUAGCACUUGAACGCUUAAUCUUAAAAUGGGACACUAGCACCAUUAGCUUUCAGUGAAAUCACAAAUUUAUAUAAAUUGCAGUAAUAUUUAUCACAGUUUGUGUCAAGAUACCUGUUGUCCUAUUAACUUUCAAUGGAAACAUUUCUCCCAAUAAAGUUUUAUGGAACAACUGUUCCGUUGAAUUCAAGUGAAAUUUAUACCAUUGACUUUCAGUUGAAAAUUUGACCUGUUGAACGGCAAUGGAACAUAUAAUGUUUUCAUUUAUCUAAUUUGUUUUCAGUCUAACUACUAUCCCAUAAGCUUUCAGAGAAACAUUUGUCCAAUUAACUCUAAAUGAAACAUGUGAUUGGAUUCGGAUCAAUGUUUGCUGACCAAUAGUUACAUCAUCUUUCAAUAGCGAACUCUAGCACCAUUGGCUUUCAGGGGAAUCACUGCUUUAUAGAAAUGUAGUUGGCCCGUUUUCCUAUAAUAGAACAAUAGUUGCAUGAAAUUACAAUUAAACUCAAAACUCAAAAUUUGAAGUUUUCCAUAGAUUUAUAGUUCUAUUACACAUGGGACAAUACAUUGGGAAGUUGUAUCAUCUGUUGUUUUAAAUUCAAAUUUACAGUUGUCCCAUUUAUUUCCAAUGGUGCAAUCAUGAUCUAAGUGCUGACUGAAUGCUUCAGAGUAUCAAAUAUGAUCAUUUAAUGAUAAAAAUGAAGAUACAGGAUCAAGAGCAAGAGGAACACACGAAUGGACACAGAUGCAUAUAAUCACUUUAUACUAUUCAAUAUGUAGAGCAAAUACAUUAUAACUGAGAAUAGACCUGCCUUUAGCACAUACAGUGAUGUACACCACUCACCAAAUAAAAGAAAUGGUUUUAUUUUUCAAAGCUGA